CUCAGCAAUCGUAUCCAUGCAGGGUUGAUCCUUUCUUUGUGCACAGAUGUUCUAUCAAAAUUCGUACUCUUCUAAUAAGUAGGCUCUGCUAUUUUUGGAGGGAUUUUCAAGGCUUCUGUAAUUAUCUAGGGCGCGUUUUUUAAGAAGAACUAUUAUUACUGCCGUAGCAAGUGGGCUCUGCUAUCUUUAGCUGAGUUUUCAGAGGGUUCUACAGCUAUCUGGGGCGUGUUGUUGAAGAGGAAAUAUAUCUGGCAUCUCGUUCUCACUGUGCAGAAUUUUGGCAUUAAUCACUAUACCUGCUCAGGGAAAGUCUACUGGAAGGAUAUUGGUGUUGUUUAGGUUGCAUUAUACCAGAUCCUGUAGUUUGUGCAUGCUGCAAGUCUAAGCAGGGCAGCAACACCGAUGGCAGUUGUAGAUUAUCACAGCCUUCCCCGGAAAGAGCUUCAAAAUCUGUGUAAGAAAAAUGGAAUACCUGCAAAUAAAACAAAUUCCUUUAUGGUAGAUGCUCUUACUUCGAUCUUGAAGGUUGAUAAGUCAAUGGUUGAUUAUCACAGCCUUCCCCGGAAAGAGCUUCAAAAUCUGUGUAAGAAACAUGGAAUUCCUGCAAAUAAAACAAAUUCCUCUAUGGCAGAUGCUCUUACUUCAAUCUUGAAGGUUGAUAAGCCAGAGGUUGAUUAUUACAGCCUGCCCCGGAAAGAGCUUCAAAAUCUCUGUAAGAAACAUGGAAUACCUGCAAAUAAAACAAAUUCCUUUAUGGCAGAUGCUCUUACUUCGAUCUUGAAGGUUGAUAAGCCAAAUGAGUUUGUCUCAGCAACUCCUACAACCUUACCUGAGGAUGCAGGGAACACAUCCAUUUCUUCUAUACUAAAAAUACACAAUAAUAGGGAAGAUUUCACUGCAUCAAAAUGUCCUUAUGAAAGUACAUUUUUCUCUUUGGAAAUUCAAUCUCAAAGAAAAGAGCCGAUUGAGGAAGAUGCUAUCCCUUCAACAGUGGAUACCCAUACUGAAGAGUUCACUGGAGAAAAUCCAAAGACAAAAACUGCAACAAUUGAUAACAGUAAUACAAAUAAGACAUCUGAAGCAGAAAAUGUUCUAUUGUAUGUUGCAUCAUUGGGUACUGAUGAUCGGAAAGAACUUUUUGAGGAAGAUGCUAUCCCUUCAACAGUGGAUAUCCAUACUGAAGAGUUCACUGGGGAAAAUCCAAAGACAGAAACUGCAACAAUGGACAACAGUAAUACAACUAAGACAUCUGAAGCAGAAAAAGUUCUAUUGUAUGUUGUAUCAUUGGGUACUGAUGAUCGGAAAUUUUUUUACCAUCAUGCUAAUCAGCAAAUUGAAUCUGGUCCAGACACUCCUAUAGCCCUUUAUGAGGAUGCGUUGGAAGAGCUUUGCCAACAGGCUAAAUUUAUUACUAGAAAGGGUGACAAAUAUUCACUGUGUUGCACAUCCAGUUCCUCUCUUUGUAAAGAUAUGAAUGAUAGGCUGGACAAUGAUACCAAAACAUAUAGUCAUGACGAGCAGACAACAGUUAAUGUGCAAAGAGUGGAUCAUUGGGGUCAGGAAGAGCUUUGUCAACAGGCAAAAUUUGUUACUAGAAUUGGUGAUGAAUAUUCAUCGGGUUGCACAUCCAUUUCCUAUCUUUGUAAAGAUGUGAAUGAUAGGCUGGACCAUGAUGAGCAGACAACAGUUGAUAUGCAAAGAUUGGAUCGUUUGGGUCAGGAAAAACAUUGUCAACAGAGUAAAAUUGUUACCAAUAAUGUUGAUGAAGAAUCUUUACAUUGCACAUCCAACCUUUCUCCUUGUUCGGUAGUGAAUGUCGGUGACACCCAUGAAGGCAACUUUUCUCCUGGUAAUGAGGAGAGGUCAAUUCAUGUUGAAGGAGUAGACCUUUUGUCUCAGGAGAAAGAGAUAUACAUGAGAGAUCACGAAGAAAAUGAUAUUGAUCCAGCAGUAUUAUACUCAUGUGAAAGGCUGAAAAAUCACCAUGAUAGUUAUAAGAAUAGCCAGAGGCACAUUGACAUUGAUGACAAAAAAGAUUUGUUUGCAAUGGAAACGGUUAUAGAUGAUGAAACAGUGAAACAUGAUCAACCAUGCAACCAACCACCAUUUUGCAGAGGAAAUGACAAGGAAAUUGACAUUGAUGACAGAAAAGAUUUGUUUGAAAAGGAAAUGGCUAUAGAUGAUGAAACAGUGAAACACGGUCAACCAUGCAACCAACCACUAUCUUGCAGAGGAAAUGAUGAAGUUAAGAAAAGUAUGGUCAAGAUUCAGACAGCUGAAGUUUCUAACAAGUCUUCUUCAUGUCAGCUUUUUGUCUGUCCCGUUAAUGGGAAUAAGCAAUUUGUUGACCUUGAAAAUUCCAGUUCAUCAGAAUGGAUGAAAACCCAUAAUUGUGAGCUUUCUGAGUUAAAAUCAGCAAGCUGUAAAACCAUCUGCAAAGUUGAUGUGACAGCAGAAAGCAGGAAAAUUAAGUCAGAUAAGCUUACUGAUUUUCAGCCACCGACUUCAGAUUUUGAGAGGUUUUCAGAUCAAAAUCCAACUACAUGCUCUUCAAAAUUCCUUGGAAGCCAGAAUUUUGGUUCCAUAUUGCCCUUUACUAAGAAAUUGGAUGUUUGUAGGGAGCGGAGACGCACCUCUUCAUUCCUUAUACCUCCACAUGGUGCAAAUAGAGGUUUGUCUUCUUUCAUGACUAAGAAAUCAAGCAGGCUCUCAUAUACUUUCAUCUCUCCAAAAAAUACAAUAAAUGUUUCAUUCUCCUCCCCUUCAGCAAUUGGAGACUCACACAAAUCUGUUAGCACACAGGUUAACUGCUCAUCUGAAAAUUCUUGGCCAAUAAAGGCAGCACCAUCAAAAGUACCAAAUUUCUCUAUUAAGCUGGGGACACCAGAAAAAGAAGUGUCGCUUGCCAAGUAUCAUCCUAACACAAAAAUUGCCUAUUCUAUAGAUGAACCUGCCAGUCCACAUGCUUUUGUUGAAGCAGUAUCUGCAAUGACUCCCAUCAAAGAUGGAUGUCAAGAUGUUGAAAUGUUGGAUCAAGAGUUGCACUAUUAUUCUACUACCGAAAGCCUCCAAAACAAAGCAGACAAUGAACACAUUUUUCGUCUUGCAGAGGACUAUCGGAAUAGUGACAAGAAAGUUGAGAGUGUGUCACAGAUGAAUUUUCCUCAUAAUUCUCAGAAGCAAAUGCGCAAGAAAAGCCUGUUACAAGAUUUACAAUCUGAAGAGAGUAGAAGAAUUUCAAGGUACAAGGAUGACUAUAAGAAGUCUCCUUUCACUAAAUGUUUACGAGGCAUGAACAAAUUAGCAAUAGCUGCAACCUUACGAGCAGACAUCCUAGCCAGAAAAAGGGGAUUACCUCUUGUGGGAAAUAGUUCUGCUUAUUCACAGUCUACUUCUGCAUUUCAUGAUCUUCCUUACCAGAGCCAAAAUGUACAAGAAAAAAAUAGCCAGGAUAGAAUUCUGAGAGGCGAGACUGGUAAUGAAAAUGGUGCUUCUCCCCAAGUUUACCGUGAGACAGACCAAUGCGUUUCUUCCAUAAAAGGAUAUGAAAGUGAAGAUCCAGCAGUCUUUCCAAGUGUAUAUGAAGAUAGAACUCAGUCUGUUUCUCAUUUUACUCUAGGGAAGGAUCCUAUGCAUAGUUUCUGCAAUAUUGCUAUGCCUUUAGCACAUAAUGGGCCAGUAAUAACAAGUGUUUCAGCAGUUCUUCCAAGAGAUGAGGCACUACAAAGCAACUCCAUAAUUAGAGAAUCAAAUUCAAAGUUGUCUAAAAGACAAUAUUCAGAAAUAUCUCCCCUAGCGCAUCAAGAGAAACUUAUUUCUGUUUACGGAUUAAUUCCAGGGAAGGAUCUUGUGCAAAAUAUUGGCAAUAUUUCUGCCUCCUUAGCUUUAGUGGGGCCAGUUAUGACACAUGUAUCAACAGGGAUUGAGAGGGAGGAGAGACAGAACAACAACACAAAAUUGCUUGGCCAAUCCUUUCAGCCAUUAGCAAAGAAGCAAUUCUUUGAGAAAGACUUGGUAGAAUCUACGGAAAGCCCCCAAUACGAGGCAGACAAUGAACACAAUUUUUGUCUUGCAGAGGACUAUCAGAAUAGUGACAAGAAAAUUGAGAGUGUGUCACAGAUGAAUUGUCCCCAUAAUUAUCAGAAGCAAAUGCACAAGAAAAGCCUGUUGCAAGAUUUACAAGCUGAAGAGAAUAGAAAAAUUUCAAGGUACAGGGAUGACUAUAAGAAGUCUCCAUUUACUAAAUGUUUACGAAGCACGGACAAUUUAGCAAGAGCUGCUACCAUACGAGCAGACAUCCUAGCCAGAAGAAGGGGGAUUACCUCUUGUGGGAAAUAGUUCUGCUUAUUCACAGUCUACUGGUGCAUUUCAUUUCUGCUAUGCCUUUAGUACAUAAUGGGUCAGUAAUAACGAGUGCUUCAGCAGGUCUUCCAAGAGAUGAGACACAACAAAGCAACUCCAUAAUUAGAGAAUCAAAUCCGAAGCUGUCCAAAAGACAAUAUUCAAUAAUAUCUCCCCUAGCGUAUCAAGAGAAACUUAUUUCUGUUUAUGGAUUAAUUCCAGGGAAGGGCCUUUUGCAAAGCAUUGGCAAUAUUUCUGCCCCCCUAAGUGGGGCCAGUUAUGACAUGUGUCAACAGGGAUUGACAGGGAGGAAGAUAGACAAAACAACACUACAAGUAGUGAAUAUAAUCCAAAAUUGCUUGGUUGAUCCUUUCAGCUGUUAGCAAAGAAGCAAUCCUUUGAGAAAAAACUUGGCAGAAUCUUCAGAGAGAAUGCAAGCACAGAGAAUACAACACAAUGUUAUGAACCAUCUUUCUGGACAAAUGAAUUUUGCUGAGAAGGUUCCUAAUGACAGGAACAACACAAAUUAUUUAUUAAAGUUAAAUUUGAUUAAGUCUUGCAUAUUAGAGACUGAAGAUGGAUCUACUGAAAAGGUCAGAGAGAGUCAAACCAGACACCAGGGACAAUUAAAGACCCCUCUGAGAGGGAAUUAUAAAUAAAAGGCAGUGGAAGCUGCCAAGAAAAAAGCAUUUGUUCAAUGGAAUGACAAUGAAAUAAGGAACAACAUAGGUAACUUACUAGAUUUAAAUUGGAUCAGCUCUUACAUAUUGGAGACUGAAGAUGGAUAUAUUAAAAGGGUGGAAGGUAGAAAAGACAGGAGGAACAGUUUGAGACUUCUAUGAGAGGGAAUUCUAAAGAAAAGGCAAUGAAAGUUGCUAAGAAAAUGGCCUUUGUUCAAUUUAAUGAGACCUUAAAUUCGAAAAGGGGAAUCACCACAGUAAAUUAGCUCUGUUUCAAAGGGAAUUACUGCAGCUUUUGUCUUCGCUCUUCUAACAGCACUAGCAGUGAUUGAAAACUGUGUUGUUUUUUUUACAUGAUUUGGAUCUUUUGUAGAUGUAAGGAUUCUUUUGGAACACAUCUUGUUACCUAUUUAGCCUUCUAGCGAGUUAUAAGUUUUAUUAUAAGAGGUUAAGAGGGUUUUAAGUAGCCAAGAAGACCGAGGUAUUAAUCUAACACUUUGAAUGUUAUAAGGGUGACAUCUUAAGAAUUUUUAUUCUUUUGUUUAAAAAUUUCCCUCCCACGUUGAAAGGUCAGCAAUUGUGUUUAUUUUGUAAGAAGAGGGGAAUUAAAACUCAAAGCUCAAAGUUUGGAGUUCAAGCUUCAUGUGCAUUUAGGGUUUUCUUAAGUUUACCCUAGUCCUAUCUUGGUUGCUAACAUUUCAAGAAAAGAAAGAUGGAGUUCCUCAGCGUAAGUAGCUUAAUGCAAAGUCACUACAAGCUGUUAUACUGUCAAAGAAGCCGCCAAGAGACAGUAAUUUAAAUCAUGCAAUGAAUCACGCGCGAGGGAAGCAAAUCAUGAAGAAAAUGAGCGGUCAAGUGUUCCUUCAGAUGGUUUGGGUGUAGGAUAUGAACUAUGCCAGAUGUAGGAGUUCCUUCUUUGAAUCCACUGACAUCUCAUGAAAAGCCAAUGCAAAGGGUAUGCACAGCACCAAUUCAGGUCUGUCUUAUUCUCAGUCAUCUUGUUGUUGUUUCCAAGGAAAAGAGAAGGAUUGAUAGUAUGUAUUAUGAAGGGGUUUUCUUUAUUUAUGUUUUGGAAGCAUUCAGAGUUGUGGCAAGCUUAGCUUGUCAAGGAUUUUGUAUUGUGGGUGACAACGUAGAGGUCUAGAAUAGCAGUCAUUAAUGAUGCAGAUCAGAGAAAACUCAGAGCAUAAAAGCCUUAUACAAAGGCAUUACCAGACUUGUGAUAUUGUUCAGUAAACAAGAGUUCUCAGUGUUUGAGUAUUUCAAUGAAAAAGGAACGAAGACAGAUUCAGAAGAGUAGUAGUCAUAGAUUGUCUCAGUGCAUGGGGCAGUAAGUCAAGAUGGAGUAUAGAUUGAAACAAAAGAUGAAUUGAGAUCUGAGACAAUAGCAUAUGGCUAAGGUAUUAAAAGAAAAGAAAGUUACAUAGAAAUACACUACAACCUAGGGACAAACCAGUCAAAGGCAUAGCAUAAAGAUAGUCUAAGACUAACAGUGCACCAAAUGACAGUAUGCAGAGGCAGAUACAAUCACAAUGCAGUAAAUACACAGUGACAAGAGACCUGUAGCAGAAUAAGAUUAAAGACAAGAAUUAGUAGCAGCAAAGAAGGACGAAGCAUCACAAAGCACUCUCUAAAAGAAAGAAUAGAAGGGUAUGGUCACAAAAUUUCAAAUCAUAAAGUUUCACCAAGGACAGUAUAAGACAAGGAUACUGCUGUAGCAUUACUCACAGCCGAAAUAGCAGAUUAUCUGAGUGGUGCUAGAAAGACAAGAAUGAUUUGUAUUCAUUAUCAACACACCAGGAGUAAAUGAUUAAGCAACGAGUUUGAAGCACAGAGGAUAUGCUAUAGAAAUAUAAAGGCAAAUGUUAAUAAUGUUUGGUCACAAAUCAAAGAGUUUUCACAGUCCCAUGACUGUUACAUGAAGGCACCAUUCUCACAUAGGAACAGAGACUUUUCAGAUCAGUGGUCAUAAUAGAGGAUGAUCUGGGUAUUGAAAAGGUUGUGAAAGCAGUCUACUUGUAGGAGCCUGAUAUGAUACUAUCAAAGAAGCACAGAGCAGCAUAAAGGAUCACAGUGCCAAAAUGGAGAUUUGCAGUCUCGUGUCAGAGAGAUAGAAUAGUAUAGACAAGGAUUCAUGCCAAGCAAAGGUUUCUAACUUUUCUUAAAAGGUUGAAGGUGAUGAGCUACAAUGGAAUCAAAAAUUGUUUGACAGUCCAAAUUAUGGAAAAGUUUCAAUGUGCCAAAGAUAAGAUCAUGAUGUCUACAGCAGUCAAAAUCAAAUCCUUAGCAAUACAAAACAAUCCAAAUCCCAAAGAAUGGAGGACAAUGAGCAUGGUGUUUGAGACACAGUCCAUUACCACCAAAAAGCCACAAGAAGGCAGCCAUGAUCAUAGUCAUUAAGGACAUCAAAGACAAAUAUGACAGUGACUAUACCCUAAACACAAAACAGUGACCAAGAGCAUGCAAGGAAUGUGCCAUGAAAACGGUGAUAAGGUCAUUAGAAGGAUCAACUAUGACAGUCACUGUCAAACAAUGAAAAUCCAAUCAAAGAAAACAGAGGAAAGAUUGUAAAGGUUGUAGUCAUUCAUAACCAUCAAAAGACAGUCUAAAGCUUGUGAAAGACAAAUCCAAAGACAGUCAUAUUGGUUGUUUUGAAGAUGACAGAGAUAAAAAGUUGUGUAAGGAUGACUGAGCAGAUUACCAACAAAAACACAGUCAUAACUACAUGUGUUAUCACUGUCAAAGAACAGUCAGUCUCAAGAAGCCAAUGCACAAGAUUCUCCAAGCAAUCCAAUGAUGAAAAGCCUCCACAGGUUUACAAAAGAGAAAGAGCAAACAAUGAAUUUAUGAAGGUUUCAGACUUGUCAAAGAAGACACAGCAGUCCUUAAUGGCAUGACAGUCCUAAUACUGUCAAAAGGGUCCAUAUCUGAUAAUGAAUAAGAUCAAAAAGGGUAUUGAACACUGUGAUAGCAUCAAAGGUAGCCCAAUAAAGCAUUAUAACAGCCUUCUACAAACAGGAUAAGAACAAUGACAUGAUACAUCACAGUCACAUCACAACAGUCACAGAGGCUUUAAAGGCACUGAUCAUGUAUUGACAGUAGAUCAGUCUCUCACCUCCAAAGAAUAUGAAAUCACUAUAGAAUAUAAUGCCUUUACUAAAGUUGAAGAACCAAAUGAACAAAAUGCGGUUAAUACAGUGAAAUCUCAAUCACAGAGAUCUCGUAGCAGCCCUUAAGGACACCACUGGUCACAAAAGAAAUAGCAGUCACAGUGAGGACAACUUUUCAAACGGCAUUAUGACAAAGGAAUGCAGUCAUAACAGGGUAUACAAUUAAAGGCAUGCUGCAGUGAUCCUAAGGACAGUGAGAAGAUAUCAUCAAGCUCAGGAAACAUCCAUGGAGGUUGGGUACGAAAGAGCAGAGGUAAAGCCUUUUGAGAGACAGUGUUGCAGCACUUAAGGGGCAAUCCAAAUGAAAUAUCACAGGACUGUCAUACACAGAGAGCAUCAUAGACCAGCCACUGUCAAAAGGCAGAGCAAAUCAAGAGGAAAAGAGAUGUGAACAUGGAGCAUUCACAAUGCAAAAAUGCAGUCAUAAUCACCAACGAGGCCUAGAACAAAGCAAAGAAGACAGUCAAGAAAAAUGGGAGUUUCUCAGUCAUAGCUGCAGCAGUCUUCACAAAUGACAGUCAUUCAUAGCCUAACAAGGAUAAUUGUACUUCAAGAUCACUUACAAUUCCUUGCAUCAUGCUCAUCUAUAGUUCAAGCUAUCACUCAAGCAGUUCACACAUCAGUCUAAAAGGAAAGAGGUAUAUUUCUAAGUCAGACUCAGCUCGAGUUUCAUUUAAGGCCUGAAAAUUAGGGGUUUUGGAGGUGCUUACAUCAGUUUGACAUCAGUUAGAGACCCCUACAUGGAUCAUUCAUGAGUUAAGAUAAUUUUUGAAGCACUUAACCAUCAGUUUUCUUUAGUUUGGACUCCUUUUUUGCCUCCCUCAAGAUCAAAUUCGACUCGAGCAAUAUCAUGCAAAUUGAAGAUCAAGACUAGGAGAAGGGGACAGGCAGUUCAAGCUCUUCAUCAACUCAAGAACUGGAGUUAAAUAUCAGUCUCUUCUUCAGCCAAGAGAGGGAGCUCAUUUGAUAUAUCUUUGUACCUUCUUUUCUUUUCUUGCAUACACACAGCAGCAAGAAGAUUGUAGCUCAUUUAUUUUCAGGCUUUCUAGCAUUGUAAGAGAUUUUCAUCAGUUUAUGAAUAAAGGACAGCAGAUUCUUUUCAUACC